AUGAUAGGUAAGAUUUCUUUUGUGGAGGGCUUGGCUGUCGGUGCCGGCGCGGACGGGUCGACUGAAGCAGCCGCGGCUCACAGCGCUGCUCUUGCGUAUCCCGGGAGCGACGAGCCAUUGCCCAGCUAUGCCUCCAUCAUUUUCUCGGGCAGCUCCACCGCUUUCAAGGUGCAGCAGCUGUACCACGUGAGUCGCCAACACGUGAUGCGCAACUUCACGGCCCUCCGUCCAUGGUCGGAGUUCUUCGACACCACGUUCUUCCACUCACCAUCCGGAGUGACAGACACCGUGAACCGUCUGAACCGCAACCUCCCCUACUUUUACGCAAACUACUUGGUGCUGUCAUUUAUCUGCUCCUCCUAUAUCCUUCUCAUCAACCUGCCAUUUGCAGUGUACACCGUGAUGAUGGUGGCAUGGUACAUGUUCAUCCGAAACCGCUCUGCCAUAGUGGCCGCUCUCGCCGCCCAAGGUGCCUCUGAAGAAGAGCAGAUGGUGUACAUCGCAAACCGCCCUUUCACUGUAUCGCAGCUGUACCUGAUGCUCGUCGUGUUCGGUGUUGUCGGCUUCUACCUCACCGGUGGCAGCUCCGUCAUCUUCUGGUUAUCGUUGACAUCGCUUGGUGUGUCAGUCGGCCAUGCAUCGAUGCGUCGUCCCCCCAUCCAAGACUCCGCCUUCGACUUUGUGUAA